AUGUCUCCGGAUGCCAUCUCUCCAUACCCAGACAGACCCAUCCGCCCUCUACCCAAGAGACGGCUGCGUGAACGGCUCUCCCCAGAUGUUGCUGAAUCCAUAAAGUACCCUCCUGCCCCUAAGACCACUACCCCAUUGUUUUACCAUCCGUACAAUCUUAGGGAAGAAGUUGGAACGAACAGUCUCGUGGAAUCGCAGCAUCCGAGCGAGCGGGAACGGGCAGACGAGAUCGAACGAAACUACAUCUCACGAAGGAACGGAGAUGAGCUAGAGAGUGACGAGGAUGAGACUGCAUACCGGAGUAGAAUCUAUUCGAGACAUUCGGUGCAUACCACCGGCCGGUCGUAUAGAUAUGUUCAGAAGCCUGGUGCAAAGCACCCAAAUCCUCAGCCUCCAGCAUCUACGACUUCGUCAGCAGACGGGUACGAUUCUUUUGAGAACACGAAUAACAAGAAAAAGCGAAAGAUUCCUACUCCCGGUGACUCGAACCUGAACGGGGUUCAUCUUUCAAGCGACGUGGCUCAUAUAUCUGGCCCGGAUGAUCUUGCUGAGGAUAUUGGAACUGGAACUGGAUCGUAUCAUGGGUCGGGAAAUGUUGGUCAAGGAAUCUCUGGUCCUGGAAGGGGCAGGUACGGUCGUAUCCGGAAUGGCAGGAGCCCUUUGAGAACCUUAUCUGAUGCCUCAAGCAACUGGGGCAACGGACGAACAGCCAAACAAAGGCCACCUCAGUGGCCACCAACAACCGAAUCUCCGGGGAUUAUUUCCAGAUCCAUCGCGAAUGCUAAUGCCGAAAAGAGCCCAAUCACCCCUGCGAAAGGACAAGAGAAUGUUAGCCUUUUGCAACAACAAGCCUCCAAAAAAUCAAGUCCUGCUUCCACGCAAUUCACCUUUACCUGUGACUCUCAAGUACCUGGUACGGUCGCUUGGCCCGGUCCCAGCACAACAACAACAACAACGAUGCAUCAAAGUCCUAUGGUUCGCAACAUGAGCGCAGGAUACCAGUCUACGAAGGAGUACAUGUCACAAAUGCGAACAGAAGCUACUCAAACCAGUCCGAGCAUGGCAACUGCUCCCCUCGCCGAGAAGCCAAAGCAGGGUCUAGCUGCGUCGCAACAUGCUGGUAAUUCUCAAAAGCAAUCGCCAGCUCCAGCUGAACCUGCCAAGAAACCCCGACGUCGAGCAGCCAAAGAAUAUCACAUUGCAGCCCGUCAACGACGUCAUGCACAACAAUUCAAGAACUACCACAAUCCUCCCGUCACUGAAGACAUAUGGAUCUGUGAAUUCUGCGAGUACGAACGUAUCUUCGGCACCCCUCCGAAGGCUUUGAUUCGACAAUACGAGAUCAAGGACAGACAUGCCAAGAAGCAGGAAGCAGAGAAGAGACGAUUACUGGAGAAAGCGAAGAUGAAGGGACGGAAGAAGAAGGGAAACAAAUCGGUUCCAAAGCCUUCACAGACUGCAAACAAUCCACAACCUCCGCAACAACCCCAACCUCCUUCCAUGAAUCAAAGCCAGAGCCAGAGCCAGGGUACGCAGAGCGAGGAAUACUACGAGGAGGAAUACGAUGACGACUACGCUCAAGAUGACCCGCCUCCACCAUCUCCUGUUGAACCACCCACUGCUCGCCGAAAUGAGGUAGUCCAACCAGAUCCUGGCAAGCGACCGGACUCCCUUGCAGAGGUCGAUCUGAUGGAGAGGCGCAUUCUUCCCAAGGGAAAGCUUCGGGCAUGA